AUGUCUUCUUCCUCGUCUGAGAAGAUACCUAAGAGACGGUUCUUUAAACAUAAAGGAAUUGUGGUUUCGUGCAGUACACCGGUAAGAAAAGGAGUUCUACUUCCAUGUAAUACAAGUAUUUCGGAGAUUAAAACAAGUUCAUCUGAGGGUAUAAAAAGGCAGAGAAAACAACGAAAAGAAAAGACAAAGCCGAAAGGUAAAAAAGAGUUGAAGAGAAAGAGGAAGAUAUCUUUGCGGAAAGAAAUUAGCAAGGAAUGGGAAACUACCACAGAAACUUUACAAAAAUCUUUGAUAAAGAAGUCUAUAUCUAUAUCAAAGAACGAUGCUGUCUUAGGAGUUGCAAGAUCUUCAAAAAAUAUUCAACAAUCUCCGCAGUUACCCGAGAGCGAUGUUAUUUUUAUCGAUCUGCGAUCCCCAGAAGAAGCUCAAAGGGGUACUAAUUUCAUUGAAGAUCGGGCAGCAUCACCGAUUCUUGGAUCAGCAAGACGAAGGAGUACAAAACGCAGAGUGAGUCCAAAAAGACUUAGUUUUGGAGUCGAAGAAAAAACAGUAUCAGCGAAAAGACAGAAAAGGUCUUUAGAGAUAGAAAGAGGAAGUACUGAAAAAACCUUACAAAAAUCAUCGAGAAGGGAAUCCAUUUCUAAAUCAAAGAACGAUGCUGUCUUUGGAGAUGCAAGAUCUUCAAAAAAUAUUCAACAAUCUCCGCAGUUACCCGAGAGCGAUGAUAUUUUUAUCGAUCUGCGAUCUCCGGAAGAAAUUCGAAGAGCUACUCUUUUCUUUCAUGAUCGUUUGGAAUCACCAAUUCGCGGAUUAGGAACGCGAAGAAGUGAAACUCCAAAGAGAAUUAGCUUGAGAGAGGAAUAUAUACCACUACCUGCAGAAAGUUUGUUACCUCGAUUAAUCGAUAAUGAUGAGGUGGAGUCACCACCGUUAGUACUAAGAAGAGAAAAUACGGUCAGAACGUAUCCGUGUACCAAAAAGUCGGAGCGAUACACUAUAAAUGUGAGAAGCUACGAUCCAAUUGCCGAUCCGAAUUUGUACAGAUGGGUUCCAUCAGGUCAUAAUGAUUUUCUGUGGCAUGAAUUUGUUAGAGGAUUGAGCUACGACGAAGUUAAGAAAUAUCUUCGACCGGCGGACGAUGAAAAUCAGGCAACGAACUCGGAAAUUUCAAAUUCCGAGAAUGCAAAGUUUAAAACAAUGGUUGAAAAAUACGGUAGAAAUAUGAAUGUCAACGUGGGAACAUUAAAUAUGUCUACCGGAAAAUGGAAGCGGAAGUAUGUAUAUAUUACUUCCGAAGACGAUGAAAAUUUUAACGUCGCAAUUAAAAAGAGAACACGUCAUGAUGGCAGAAGAGAGAACAACGGAAGAAAAAAAUUGAAAGCAAUAAAAAAAAGACCUGUAAUUACGUCAAUUCAAAAAGUGAACGACUUAAAUUUGAAUGUACUUUACAAAAAGUAGUCGAAAUUCAUUAUUUAUUCGUUACUUAUUAUUUAAAUUAUUUAUUUUGUAUUCUCAUGGGUACAAAAUUCAAUAUGGAAUGAUAUUUUGUACUUUACUAUAUUAGAUUUGUACGCUGUUCUAGAGUUCGAAAUUUUUGUAAAACGCAAUCUUUUUCGGGGUAUGCAAUCAAAGUUUCACUAGGACGUAAAACUGUAUGUUCAACUUGAAGAAGUGUAUGAAGAAAUGGAUAUUAUAUGUAAAAUAUUCAAACUUAUAUUUAAGAAUUAUUUUUCACUGAAUCUUUCCCACUAUUUUUGUUAUUUGUUUUGAAGGUGUUCUAAUUUCAGCGAGCUAUAGGUCUUGUGUAGGUAAACUUAAAGAUAAACGACUCAAUUCAACUCUAAUUCUUUCCCCAUUUUUUAUAACUUUAGCUAAUUGAAUGUGAUGCAUCUAUUUAAUGAACAUAACUAACGACUAAUUGCUUUGUUUUCUCUGAUUUGUAAUCAGUUUCUUAGUUGCUCUUG